CGUUAGGCGAGAGUUUUUUUUAUUCUGUCCAGGGCUAUUUGUCCCAUUUUUGAUCACAGCGUAUAGGUGAUAUUUCGAACUAUUGCGUUACUUUAAGGUGACGUUAGUGACUGUCCAUUGUUUGAUACUCGCUAUGGAAAAUCAGAAGGAUAGAAACUUGGAAUUCUAUGCGGAAGAAGUCAGAAAAAGGCAGGAUUUAGAAAAAGAAAAGGAGGGAGAAAAAGAGUUCCUACGUACCUCAUUACGUGCGUCUAGCCGUUUGCAAGUUAUUGAAAAAUACAGAAGAAUCAUCAAAAAAGACGAAUACAAGAGGUCUGAGGUAAAUCAAGCAUUUGAAGAUGAUUCAAAGGCGGAAAGCAGCUCAGAACUCACGGAACUUUUGUGCUAUCUGCGGACAAAGAUGCCAGUUCCAAGAGAAGAGAAAGAGAAUAAAUUCCAAUCAUCAGAUGUCACACUUCCAACAAACGAAACUACUUUGGAUUUAGAAACGGAACAGUGGGAGUGGCUUUUAAACGUUCUAUCUGAUCCAAAUUUAUCAAAAGCAUUUCUUAUGCAUGACAAAGUGGCGAAAGCAUAUGAGACUUGUAAAAGUGUUAUGCAUCCUAAACCAAGAUAUCGUUGGCCUGUUUUAGCUGGAUUAGCAUAUGACACGAUGGAAGCUGUUAAAGAACAACUAUUAGCAGCAUUAAAGAAUCCGGGUCAAUUUGAUGCGUUUACUUUAAAUUGUAUCUCCGCAAUACUUAAUUUAUGCUCAUCCCCUUUAUUUCAGAACUUAUUAAUUGCUAUGGAUGGAUUAGCAAAUACAUGGCUUUUUGAUGCUGAUGAUGAUUUUGUUGCAUCUGAAAGUUUAGAGUUAUCAGAUGAUAUCGAUAGAAACUCUAUUUCCAAUUCAUAUAUUCAAAAAUCUUCUGUCCCAGGUUGUUAUGCUACACUUGCAUACGAUGAUCAAGGUCGUGAUUCCUAUUCAGAACACGGAGUUAGAUUAAAAUACGUAAUUCUUCAAAAAGCUGGUAAUGAAUUCUUGGGAGCUACGGUUCGUUUGGAGAGAAAUUCAGUUCUAAUUGCUCGGAUUGUUAAUGGAGGAUUAGCCUGUAAAACGAACCUUCUCCACGAAGGUGAUGAACUGUUAUCUGUCAAUGGAAUUGAACUAUUAGGGAAAGAUUUGAAUACAGUAUGUGAUAUUAUGGCUUCACUACAGGGGAGAAUUGUUCUUCUUGUUGCACCGGCACUUGAUCCAUAUUCAUCAGUAUCGACUAAAGGAAUUAUACAUCUACGUGCAUUAUUUACUUAUGAACCAAGUGACGACCGUUAUAUAGCAUGUAAAGAAUUGGGUUUAGGAUUUACCAAAGGAGACAUUAUACAUGUUACCGGCAGAAAAGAUCCAAAUUGGUGGCAAGCCUAUCGGAGUGAUGAAGAACGUGGUCUGUCUGGUGCAAUAGGAACAUUAGCUGGUCUCAUACCUAGUCCAAUUUAUCAACGUAAUCGUGCUAUAUUACGCUUAAAAUAUUGGUUAACUAGUGGAACUGAAGAUAUUGAAUUCGAAGAAGAUUCAACAGACUCCGAUUCAACUGGAUCAACUGUUAUUAAGACAGAAAAGCCUACGAAUAAGUCGAAAGAGAAGAAGUUUCUGGGAAUUAAAUUUCCAACAUUUAAAAAUACACACUUUAGUAGCAGAUCUACUUCACCAUCAGGUCAAGAUACUAAUCAGACCGAUUCAAAAAGUGAACUGACAUCUGUGGAUACAAGUGAAGGUGAUUUAACGGAUGGAGUUGUAUAUACACCAGAAGAUGAUUCGCGUUGUGUUAUGAAUAGUACUGUGUUAAGUUCAGCUUAUGGUGAUCGUAUGUCUGGUUUAACAAAACCUACUGAUCUUUCGUCAGCUAAUGCAAUCAAUGAAUGGUCAGCUGCUGGACCAGUAUGGGGUCAACAUGGUUAUGAUCUUCGAACUCUACGUGCACGUCGUAAACGCAAUAGACGAAAACUCUCUUCAACAAAUAGAUCGUCUCCAUGUCUAGAAGGUUUAAAAUCCUGGAAAAAAGAUAAAAAGCAUGGUGAAUAUUAUCCAUUUCUUGUUCCUGUCCCAGAUAAUGAAUUACAGUCGAGUGAUGAUCCUGUAGCUUGGUUAGAUAAAGAAGUUGCUCGUGGCUAUAUGAUCCAUUAUAGUUUAUGGACUUAUGAACCCGUCGCUCAGUAUAUCCCACAACCACUUCGUAGACGGCCACUUGUGUUUGUUGGACCAGCACAUGUCGGACGGCAACAAAUUUUACAGCACCUCAUUCAACGAGAACCUGAUCGAUUUUUUCAAGCGGCUAUUUAUACAACAAAUUCAAAUUUGAAGAUAGAUACAAAAUUUUCUUAUAUUUACAUCACAGAAGAAGAGUUUCGAUUAAAACGUAAACAAAAAGAAUUCAUUGAAUGGGGAUUAUUUAAUCGUGAUUAUUAUGGAACUAGUAAAUUAACUGUACGACAAUUAGUAAAUGAAGGCAAAAUAUGUUGUAUAUCCUUAAGACCUGAUUCUUUACGUAAAAUACGGUCAAGUGGUCUGGAUCCAUAUGUCAUAUUUAUUUCACCACCAGAACGAGUAGAUGAUUUACAACGUUUACGUAAAAAUUUAAAUCUAACUGGUAAUUGUUCUGUAAGUUUAUAAAAAAUUUUAUCAAUUCAUCAACUAAUUAAGUAGUAUAUUAUAGUGUAUAUGAUUUGUUUGUUGAUUAUAAAUAAUUUUCUUUUAUAUGUGCGUAUGUGUUUAUGACUUUUUUUCAACUGUUUAUUAUAUGUAAACUGAUUGAUUGAACUUUUGAAUACAUCAUAAUGCAUUAAUUAUCUCGUGUUACUCUAAACGUAAAUAUUUGCAAAUUGUUGAAUAUGUAUUUGAUGAUGUAAAACAGAGUUGAAGUAACUAUCAUCUUAUAUCUAGAGCUUAGAUUCUUGCUAUACUGUGUACAACGUGAACACUUGAACACUAGAACCCUCCAAGUCGUAAAUUAGAAGAGAGAAGACAAGUGGAAAGAAACCUUAUUUCAAACAAUGUCAAAUAUAGUACAGAACACUCAGGUAUUUAUAGUUUUUAGUAAAAAUGAAAUCAGCAUUACGAUCAUCCAAUACUCAUGCAGUGGUUCUCAACAUUUGUCUAGUCAGGAAUCUACACGUCAAGAUUGUGGAAUUUCCUUCUCAAAAAUAGUUGGAUGAAAUGUCUUCAGCUUUUUCAGAGCUUCUUUGAGUUCACUCGAGGGCCUUUCUCAUAUAAAAUAAACUAUCUCCUCUUAUUAUACUAAAAGCUAAUAGUUCAUCAGUUAGAUAAAUGCUUUUAGCUGGAAACACUUAAGCUGAAAUGACACCUUGUUUAAAAAGCUAUUUGUCAUUAUUGAACAGAUUAAGCAGAUAUUUUUGAAGUAUUAGAUUAGUCAGAAAGAAUAAUAGGAAAGAAGACAAGUUUGAGGCGAAAGGUACUGGGUUCGAGUCCAGAGUGAACAUCAGCUGACGAGUCCCGAAUAGGACGAAAUGCGCGUUCUGGAUUCCACUAUCCAUCUUUGCCUAUAAUGCUUGUGCAUUAGGACAAUAUCCAUGCGAUACGCACAGUAUGCAUAUACGCCAAUAAGAGACUGACCAGUUGCAGUUCUAAACAUCAAUGGUAAGAUUCAAACAAACAAUACUAAGAUGCAGAUUACAUUUUCAAGAAUACAAUAAACCCAUAUUUUGUUGCCAAAAAUUUCAUUUUCUUCUAAACAGAUUAAAAUUUGUUGUUUUUCACAAUUUCAUAUCAACACAUACCAGAUUACUAAUUUUUUUGAUUGUUUCACAAAAAUAUUUUUUUUAUUUUUAUUAUUUUGGCACUGUACAAUAUUUUUUUUGAAUAAUAAAACAAAUAAGUUUUACUAAUGAAGGUGAUUAGUCAACACCAACAAUGACAAGGAACUGAUUGUUUAAAAAAGUAGUUUAUAUACUGUAACUGUUCUUUGUAGUAAACUUUUAGAAAACUCGGAUUUAUUUAUUGUUCUUAUGUUAUUUUACAUGAGCAAUAUCCUAUUUCAUAUUUUUAUUUUUUUCAUAGAAUGAUGAAUUGAAAGCAUGUAUUGAAACAAGUCGUAAAAUGGAAUUACGUUUUGGUCAUUGGUUUGAUAGAGUAAUUAUUCCUGAAACAUUAGAUACAACUGUUACAGAAUUAAUGCGUUUAGCUAUUAAACUUGAACGUGAACCAACUUGGGUACCAAGAUAUUGGUUAGAUCUGGAGUAAAACACUGAUUGUAUGGUUGUUGUAUUACUUUCAAAUCUGGCAUUUCUUCUUUUUUCUCUUUUUUCUUCUGCGUUUACUGUAUAAUAUGUCAUGAAUAAACUACUGAGAACUGAAUUGAUCGGUAACAUUGUUGUAUACACUAAAAACAAUACAUAUCAACAGUUUGUUGACCUCUUCAAUGUACAAUGAAACGACGAACCAUGUACGAAAGUUCUUCGAUACAUAUCUACAGUUCGAUAUUGCUGAUUUUUUUUACAAUGAGAAUAUAUUUUUGUCUUUUAUUUUUUAGUUGUACUUUUCUGUUUUACCAUUUUCUGUAUUAUUGAUUAUUUUUGUAAAUUAACAGUUACCUUUUAUAAAACAUCAUUUUCAUUAUUAUUGCGGUUGCUAAUUGUAUUAACUUAUUAAUUUACUAUUAUUAUUAUUUUACCUCAGUAUUUUGAUUAGUUGUUUCUAUUUUGUUCCCCUUUUUCUUUUGUACGAAUAUGCAAUUAUUUGAUCAUUCUUUUUUAUACAAAAUAAUUAUGCAGAAUAAAAGAUUGAAUAGUUGUUUUAUUGAAUUUAUAAACUAAUGUCUAAUUUGCAAUAAAAUAAUGUGCCUCCGAAUGCCUUGGUACGGUCGAGAGUGAGGAGAGUACGCUCUCCCUCUCGAAAUGCUCUCACAUGGCCAGCGAAUAUAUAGCCUCUGACAGGGAAAUCCUACUCAC